UUAGUCAGUAGGUGUCCAAAUAUUUUAACUGAUGACUGGCCUGUGACCAAAUAUAAAAUCAAUUAUGCUUAUUACGAAAUGGGAAUUAACAUGCGACUGCUUUCUAGAAGCAAACUUUUAAAAUAUCCAAUAAGGAAAAUAUUAACAAGGCACAAAAUGUUGGAAAGAAGUGGAUUAUAUAAGAAACCAGAUCCUGAACUCAUCCAACACAUUGGCUCUGACGAUGCAAACCCUCUCAUUAAAAAUAUUUUUGAAUCUUCUGACACAAUUUUCAUAAAAAAUGUAGCAAAAUUAUCUUUUCAAGAAUUUGAAGCUUUUCAACUGUUAAUUGAAAAUGAAAUAUCCGAAGAGGCUGAUGAGUUGGAUGAUGAAAAUAGUGAAGACAGUGAUGACGAUGAC